UGUGGAAGCAUUGCAUUCUGGGACAUAAAUAAAGCGCAUUUAGGAAAACGGGGAGCACAAAGGAACGAUAGAGGCACCUUAUGAACUUUUAAUAGUAAGUUAGUGGAAUGUCUACUCUUAUAUUAAUGAAACUGCUGUUGUUGCUUCAGGAGUCCAGUUAAAUAGUCUAGUUGAAGCUGGAGGGAUGUGAGUGAGGAGCGGGAGCAGCGGGUAAAGUGUCGCCGUGUGUUGUGCUUCUCACCCCAGUCGGUCGGAGGUCUCUCCAACCCGAGGCCGAGGACCGAAGCCCUGCUCCGUGAGGUAAACAGCGCCAGAAGGACAUCGUCCCCCAAUUAAACCAAAGAGCAGUACUGUGCAACUUAGAAGAUGGGGGUCAAAACCUUCACCCAUAGUUCACCCUCCCACAGCCAGGAGAUGCUGGAUAAGCUCAACGCACUCCGCAGCGAGGGCCACCUCUGUGACGUCACCAUCCGUGUCCAGGACAAGCUGUUCCUGGCCCACAAGGUGGUCCUGGCCUGCUGCAGCGACUUCUUCCGCACCAAGCUGGUCGGCCGCUCAGAAGAGGAAGACAAGUUUGUGCUGGACCUCCACCACGUCACGGUCAGUGGCUUCACCCCCCUCCUGGAGUACGCCUACACCUCCACCCUCUCCAUCAGCACAGAGAACAUCAUCGACGUCCUGGCAGCCGCCAGCUACAUGCAGAUGUUUGCCGUGGCAAGCACCUGUUCAGAGUUCAUGAAAUCCAGCAUACUGUGGAGCUCCGGAAACAACGGCAACAACAAUUUCGGGGCAGACAAGCUGCAGGAGUCUGCGCCAGAGAGCGCGUCGUCGAACUGUGUCCUGACGCCCCUGGACGGCAGCCUGUCACCCGUGUCGUCUGACUGCAGCUUGAUGGAGCGCAACGUGCCCGUGUGCCGGGAGCCGCGGCGCAAGCGUAAGACCUACGGCGUCGCCAUGGCCUCGCCCGAGAGCCUCCUCAAAUGCCCCACGCAGCUAGUUGCCACCUCCCCUCAGAUCCCCCACCCCUCGCCGUCCUUCUCGGACAGCGCGGCCCAGCCCGUGGAGUCGUCUCUGGCCUUCCCCUGGACCUUCCCCUUCGGCAUGGAUCGCAGGUUCCACUCUGACAAGUCCAAGCUCCCAGAGAGCCCCCGAGGCCUGGACCACGCCACGGCGGCGAGCGUGUCCUCGGUGGAGGCGCAGGUGGUCGGCCGGCGGCUGAGCGACUUCCUGACGUGCGAGAGCUCAAAGGCGGGGUCGUCGCUGAUGGCGGUGGAAGAGGAGGACGUGAGGGUGAAGGUGGAGAGGCUGAGUGAUGAGGAGGCCCAGGAGGGUUCCUCUCAGCCCGUCAGCGCGUCGCUGAGCGACCAGCAGACGGUGCCUGGGAGCGAGCAGGUCCAAGAGGAACUGCUCAUCAGCCCACAGUCUUCCUCUAUAGGGUCGAUGGAUGAGGGUGUCUCUGAAGCCUUGCCGUCAAUGCAGAGCACGUCGAACUCUAGAGGCGAAGAUGAUGAAAGGCUGGAUGGGAUCCAGUACCCCUACCACCUCUACAUCAGCCCCUCGGCCCGCUCGGGGGCCAAUGGCCCAGAGAGGCCCUUCCAGUGCCCCACGUGCGGAGUGCGCUUCACGCGCAUUCAGAACCUGAAGCAGCACAUGCUCAUACACUCGGGCAUUAAGCCCUUCCAGUGUGACCGCUGUGGGAAAAAGUUCACGCGGGCCUACUCCCUAAAGAUGCACCGGCUGAAGCACGAAGGUAAACGCUGUUUCCGGUGCCAGAUUUGUAGCGCCACAUUCACGUCCUUCGGCGAAUAUAAGCACCACAUGAGGGUCUCCCGACACAUAAUCCGCAAGCCGCGGAUUUACGAGUGCAAAACGUGCGGCGCCAUGUUCACCAACUCUGGCAAUUUAAUUGUGCACCUCCGGAGUCUGAACCAUGAGGCGUCCGAACUAGCAAACUACUUCCAGAGCAGUGAUUUCCUCGUGCCCGACUACCUGAGCAAAGUGCAGGAGGAGGAGGAGGCGGCUGCAGCGGUGGCACUGGGGGUCCAGUACCAGCUUGAGGACCCCUCCCCCCACCUUCACCACCUUAAUCCAAUCUAUCCCAGCGACAGCACUUCUCCCACUACGCCCUCCGGCACCGCGGCCACCUCCUCCUGCUCCUCCUCCAUCCAGCCGCCGGUCAUCUCCCAGGUGUCGUCCUCCACCCAGCCCUGUGACGGUUCCCCGCCGGGCUUCCUGUCUCACGAGCCGCCCCAGGAGCCGCCGGGGCCCCCCUCCCCCUCCAUCCAGACGGAUGUCGACGGUGGGAUGGUGGCCCUUGUGAAUGGCCCCGCGGCGGGGCAGGGGGCUGACGGAGGAGGGGGUGUCUCCAUGGAGGAGCUGCAGCAGCACGCCCAGGCCCAGGAGCUGGCCUCCAUGAGCGUAGAUUGAGGAUCCCCCAGCACAUUACCCCUUCCAGCCCCUACACCCUUCCAGCCCCUACACCCUUCUAGCCCCUACACCCUUCUAGCCCCUACACCCUUCUAGCCCCUACACCCUUCCAGCCCCUACACCCUUCCAGCCCCUACACCCUUCCAGCCCCUACACCCUUCCAGCCCCUACACCCUUCUAGCCCCUACACCCUUCUAGCCCCUACACCCUUCUAGCCCCUACACCCUUCUAGCCCCUACACCCUUCUAGCCCCUACACUCUUCCUGCGCUUACGCCCUUUUAGCCGCUAACCUUUUCCAGCCCCUACACCCUACUUUUGGAAAAGAAAGAAAAAGUGCCUGAGAUUCUGUGAAGUACUGUAGAGAGUGGGAAGAGAGGUCUUCACUUGCCAAUGCUGACUAAUCAAGUCUGUUUGGGCAAAUAAUAGUUCAGCAUUUAUAGUUCCCAUGCUAGUUUGUAUGAACAGAGACCUUCUCCUCUAGGGUCAUCGUUAUAGGCAAACUGUUAAUUGUUAAUGUUGCAAGAGCUUGUACUGUAAUUUUUAUAUCUGAAUGCUAUGUCUGUUGGGUGUCGUAAGGUGUGUGGUUGUGUUUUUAUGUAUGUGGAUUUUAGUUUGUAAAGACAAUAUGAGGAGGUAUGGAACCUUUCAGCUUUUCAUUAAGAUCAACAUUUGAUUGAUGCUUGUAUAGAAAUAUGAAUUGACUCCAUGUACGGCCUUUAACAGAGUUGUACAACUUCUGAAAAAAGAAUUGGACCCUGAUAUGUCCAUAAUAUGGUCAGGCAUUUUAGAAAAGUCUACUUGAGCAGAAGUUGAUCUGAGCUACUUUCUCAACUUUGUAAUUGAUCAACCAGAUCUAAAUGGAGAACAGCAGUAGUCAUGACCAGCAAUGUUUUCUAUGGCGAUUCUAUAUGGCUGAGAGACUUGCAGUAAGGUAGUUCUUCCACCACACUCACCUAUGGUUGGCGUUGGUGUCUCAUUUAAACCCUUUUUUGUUUUUACAAAUCCAAUUUUCUGUGGAAUCAUUUUGGGACACGCAUGGAUCCCUGUUACGGCUGCCACCCAAAUCUAUCAGAAGCAUUGAGGUUUGAUAUGAUCAACAUUGAAAUACGUGGCCAUAUCUGUGGCAGACCUCUGUGCAAAGCCACUGUUUUAUAAUAUGUAUUAUGACAGCUGUUCAUAGAAAACAAUAUAGGCCUAGCUUAUACCAUACCUUUGCAAAGUCACGGCUAUGCGUGUGAAUGUUUUUACUGUGAGUGUAUCACUAUCAAUGAUUUAUGCUAAAGAGGCAGUAUUUCCACUCAUCAACAUCUGUUGAUAAUCAGAACUCUGACAAGGCCUUUGUUGCUUUUUUUGUUCUGGCAGAAGCAUUUGGUUGGUUUCUUGUAGUCGGUGUAGUAGGCAUUCUGUACUUGGUCUUUAUUGUGUCUGGUAAAGAGAAUGAUACCUGUGGUCAUUUCCAUCAUUUGAAUACUACUGAUAUGUAUUACUGGUUUUAGAAAAUUGAGGUGCUCAUCUUUAAUAUGCCCCAUCCCCCGAGCACAGUUCAAGAGCAAAAGUUAAAAAUGUAAUCGAAAAAAGCGCAGGAUCUCUGGUCUAUACUGGUUUACACUGUUUUUUUUCUAAUUGGCCCAGUUAGGUGUCUUCAACAAUUUCAUCCAAUCAGUCAAAUAGAUUGUAAUUGCGUUUUUUCCUGUCUCCUUUCUCUUCAAACAAAAGCUUGAGCGUUUACCCUUUUAAAGAUGAACACAGAGUCGAGCUGUGUGGAGGUAUUUCAGAAAAUGCUGUCAUUGGUAUAACUUCUAUGGACAUCUGUCAUAAUGAAAAGAGAUCCCCAUCAUAUGCUAUAUUGUCAGAUUCUUUGGGAGGUUCAACUCCCCGUGACGAUUGCGCUGAAAUCAACUUCCUCCCACUCCACUCCCGAAUUUUGGACCAAAUGAUCUCGCCUCAUUCGAGAAGAUGCCACGGCAAUCAGUAAUUGCACAUAACCAAUUAAAGAUAAUCAUGUAUAAGGUCCAUGCUGCUUAGCAGAGGGGCUGUGCUUUUAUUGCCCCUUAACACUGUCUGAUAUUGUGCAUUUACGAGGCUAGCCUUACAAAAUGGACCUAUUCAAGUCGAGUUGCACAGUCAAACUUUUAAGAAGUACUUUCUUUCUGUUCUCCAUUUGAAUGUUCUGAACUUUUUUAAUGUUGUCUUGUGCAGUGUUCAAACAUGUUUUUUGAUUAUGAAAUGCUGCUCUUUGUCAAAAAAAAGCGAAAGUGCCCAAAGUAUUUUUGUGAACCUAGUGUGCAAUAAUUUGACAAGUGUCGAAAAGGAUAUUUUGUGCUUGAAAAAAGUGUAAUUUUGUGUAAAUCAAUGACUUAAGGAAAGCUGAAGAAAAAGAGGCAAGGAUCCCAAUCAAUCUGUGAAAUCAAGCUUAUCUAGCAAACAGCUGGUUCUCUCCCAAUACGCCCUUCCAUUGUCAAGUUGCAUGUUCAUAUGAUUCUAUGAAUUGGAGAGCAUGUUCUGCUGCCUCCAUGGGCAACCCCUUCCUGAUGUUCUGUCAUGGCCUUAUUCCUAGAUGUCUUCAUCACCUUCUUUUGUUCUUCAAGCAUGUUUUUUAAUUUCUGUAAGUAGCUAUUUUUCUGUGCAAUGUUUUGUGAUAUCUUGAUUAUAUACAGUACAUGCCUUUUUGGUGUACAUUUGAUUGAUGAUUUUUUCCACUUCAUAUUUAAAUUUGCUAAGAAAAAAAAACUAGCUCUUCACGAGUACAAAUAUAUAUAUAUAUAUAUAUAUAUAAAUAUAUUUUUUGGGUGAGUUUUGUAUUAUGGUUGCUGUUAAAAUGAGUAUGCCAUCUUUGGAUCUUCUUGAUUAAUGUGAACAGGAGGGUGUGUGUGUGUGUGUGUGUGUGUGUGUGUGUGUGUGUGUGUGUGUGUGUGUGUGUGUGUGUGUGUGUGGGGGGCAUGCAGGGUUGUGAUUGGUAGUCUUCACUUUGUGAGUGUCUUGAUGUGCAGUUAUACACAAAACGUACUAUAUUGCAUAUUCUUUUUACUGUAGGUUACUGGACUGCAACCUGCUAUGAGACAGAUGUUGUAUUUUGUGACUUUAAUACUGUAUUUCAAGCUGUUAGUUUCAAGAGUUUUGUUGAAAGUUCCCAGAUAGUAACGAGACCUGCACAUUAUAUGUUGUAAAAACAAAAAAGAGAAUAAACAUCAGUUUGUUGUA